AUGGCGGAGGCGGCGGAGCUGAAGGAGUCAGAGUGUAACCACCUUUGCCCACCAGACUGUGGAAUAUGAAAUUGCCCCUGAAAGAGGAGCCAUCUGAAAGCGAAAUGAUUGCUCCCGAUGUCUGGAGAGGGCUUGGACACCUUCCGUUAUUUAAAUGACCAGCGAUGACUCCUCUGGAAAGAGAAAUGUUGUACAGUGUUCAACAAUUGUUCGUUCAGGCUGUUCAGCGUGGACUCAAGUGUGAUGUGGCUCAUUCACUCAGUAAGCCUUUGGGUGCCCUCUGGGAGCUCUUGAUUGUGAUCACUUGUGGCAAUGAGAGAGUCUUUCCGCUGCCGUGCUACGUUGUGUGAGCAGUAAUUGGAGACGCUUCAGGUGUCGAUCAGAGUCCACAGUAGUGGCGACACAGCUGUCUACGAGUACAGAUGUAUUUUAAAAAUAAAUGUGGUGCUGGUGAACCCAGCUCCACUAAUCUCCCAGGAAAUUCAUGGGCUCAGUUCUCAGGACUUGGAGGGGAGCCACUUCUAGGGGUGAUGGGUGCUGUUCGGUCUCCAUGAACUAAUCCACCUUUGCGGGUCUCUGAGAUUGUCACGAAGGAUGGCUGUCUUUGCAAGAUGGGUUUAUAACGCACCUAUAUCCAUAACACAAUCUUUUUUUGUGUUAAGAGGUAUUUAAAAGGGACACUGUCAAAGUUUACAGCCUUCAAAUUAAAAUCUUCCUGAUAAAUAUAUAUAGUCCAGUUUUCCUAUUUCUGAAAAGUGUUCUCAGUUCUCAAAAAAACCCAACCGUUACAGUAAUAUUAAAAAUUAUUCUUCUCUCGAAUAACCAGCCAAGAAAGGUGAUAGAUCAAUUCCAUGCAAUGUACUAUGUGUGUUUUUUUUUCACUUGAGACCCUAACUAGUGGUCCUGUCUGUUCUGCAUCAGAGAUCACAUGGCACUUUUCAUAGUGGUAGAGAGUUUGCCCUGUCUGUCUUAGCCAAAAUUUCUCCUCCCUCCUCCUGCCCUGGGAAGUGAAACAGCUGUCAUGCUGCUCUCUAGAGAUGGUUGCAUUUUUGGUGGUGGAUAGUGGUCCUCGUAUAUAUGGCGUGUAAACGGCUUCGGGAUCUUUUGGCAUGUAAGAUGCAAACUGAACUCUGUAUGCUUGCUCUUUCUUGUCAGUCUGUGAGAUAUUGAAAUAGACAAGAAGCCUGGUCCGUGAAUCCCCAGGAAAAAGAAAUACGGGAUGGGUCCAAUUUUUACCUCUUAAAAUAGGGGUAUGGAGAGCAGGAGAAAUGUUGCCACAUAAGAGAGCAUUUUAUUAUCUCUAAUUUUCUUGAUGCAUGAAGCAUCGGGAACAAGAAAAUUUAGAAAAUGUUGGCCCUUAGAAAAAAAGUGUUCUGGCUGCAGCAUUGGGUUUUUUCAAAUGAAUACAUUGGAUUGGGCUCCAUUUGGCUUGCAAGUCAACCCAAGUACACAAUAUUCUUGGUCAAAAGAGAGAGCGAGAGAUACCCGGGUACGCUUGUUUUUUAUUGGGAGGAAUGCGCGCUUUCUUGCUUUUGUAGAGUAACAGAAUCCUAACCUUUUCCUUCUGCCCCAUAGUGUCCCAUGGCAGUCAGAUGAUAAAGCGCAGAGGAAAAGGCGUGUCUGUGAAAUUGAAAGUCUAUGCAGCCAUAAACCCUUCAAUAAAAUCACAUGGUUAUGAGCUUUAGGGUAUCAGAACUGCAGGUUCUCUUGGGUUUUGCUGGCAGGAACAAGAGUGGAAGGAAACACGAGUUGCUCACAAAGGCAUUACAGCUGCUCAAAUCUGGCUGCAGCCCGGCUGUUCAGAUGAAAAUUAAGGAGCUGUACCGGCGAAGGUUCCCGAGGAAGAUCUUAACCCCUUCAGACUUAUCCAUGCUCCAUAUUCAGACAGGGCAACUGCCCUCCGCCACUGCACUGACGCAGGGCAGCACAGUGUGUCAUUUGCCCUAUGAUAACAGUUCGGCAGCUUCUACAGUGCCAACGGCUAUGUUGCCUCCGGUGCCUAUGCUGGGACCCAAACAUGAGACGGAUGUUCAGCACUUAUCCCCGCCCAUUCAUCCGGUCCAUCCAGAUGUCAAAAUGAAGAGGCUGCCCUUCUACGACGUUUAUGAUGAGCUGAUUAAACCCACCACAUUAGCAUCUACGAACAGCCAGCGGUUUGAAGAGGCGCACUUCACCUUUGCGCUAACACCUCAGCAAGUUCAACAGAUUCUCACCUCUAGAGAUAUCUUACCAGGUGCCAAAUGUGACUACACUGUACAGGUACAAUUAAGGUUUUGCUUGUGUGAAACCAGCUGUCCCCAAGAAGAUUAUUUCCCUCCUAAUUUAUUUGUCAAGGUCAAUGGAAAACUCUGCCCUCUGCCUGGCUAUCUGCCGCCCACUAAAAACGGUGUGGAGCCAAAACGACCGAGCCGUCCCAUCAAUAUCACUCCUUUGGUGCGGCUUUCGGCAACUGUUCCCAAUACGAUCGUCGUGAAUUGGUCCUCCGAGUUCGGCAGGAACUACUCUCUGUCAGUUUACCUGGUGAAACAGCUGACUUCAGUCACACUGCUACAGAAGCUAAGAGCCAAGGGCAUUCGGAACCCAGACCACUCCCGGGCCCUGAUCAAAGAAAAAUUAACAGCUGAUCCGGACAGCGAGAUAGCGACAACGAGCUUACGGGUUUCUCUCAUGUGUCCGCUGGGUAAGAUGAGGCUAAUAGUGCCCUGCCGAGCCAUUACCUGCACCCACCUCCAGUGCUUUGACGCGGCGCUCUACCUUCAGAUGAAUGAGAAGAAACCUACAUGGACCUGCCCUGUGUGUGAUAAGAAAGCCCCCUAUGACAGCCUGAUCAUUGAUGGGUUGUUCAUGGAAAUCCUCAACUCGUGCACGGACUGUGAUGAGAUCCAGUUCAUGGAAGAUGGCUCCUGGUGUCCCAUGAAGCCCAAGAAAGAAAACCAGGAGGUGUGCCCGACAUCUACGUACAAUGGGAUUGAGGCCAGCUCCCUUUACACCGUGGGCUCCGACGGAAAGCACUCCUUGGAGAGCAAAAAGCAAGUGGAGGUCAUCGACCUCACGCUGGACAGCUCAUCAGAUGAAGAGGAGCCUCCUAUCAAGAAACAGUGUCCUGUCUCCACUGUGGCCAUCCCGUCAGCAGUAGGGCCCAAGGGGGUGUUAAAUGUUGAUCACCAGCCAUCCUCGGUGCUUCGAAGUCCUCCCAUGGCAGCUAUCGGCAGCGACUAUCUCUCCAGCCUCCCGAUCCCUGAAUACCAUCCUUCCUACCAGGUGCCAUCAGAGAUUCAAGGUCUGGAUUUGUUUACCUUCCUUCAAAGUGAAAAUCAGCACUACAGCCCUUCCGUGAUCACCUCCCUGGAUGAACAGGACGCCCUGAGCCAUUUCUUCCAGUACCGAGGCACAUCUACCCAUUUCAUGAACCCCCUGGCUCCCGUCAUGGCAGGAUCCCACAACAGCAUCAGCCCCGCCAGCGGGCGCAUCAGCAGUAUUGUCUCCACCAACACGCUGCGGGAGAGCCAUGGGCACAGCGGGACAAUGAGUAACAGCACGGCUCACCCGGGCUGCAGGCCGGACAUCAUUUCCUUAGACUAGCCACAGACCCAGGCCACGCUGGCAUCUCGUUUCCCCCCAAGGAUGGGAGAGAGAAGCAGACUUUCAGCAGCUGCUGUUGAGUUGGGUUUUUGUCUGGGAUGGAAAGGACCCAGCCAAUAACAGGUCUCCUAAGUGUGUGUCUCGGUCAGGGCAACUCCCCCGUUACGUCCAGCCUUGGAGCCUCACAGACGGGGCUUUCAGUUCUGCACGCGCUCGCCUGAGCAUACUGGUCCCGCUUGCUGGGGGGUGCCGGUGGGCAGGGGGUAAAUGCUAACCUCUGUUUUUCAAGACCAUUUUAAAACAGUUUUUAACUUGAUUUUUUGGUAGGAUUCCGCACAAAGAUCCUACAGUGAUAAUCCCCACCUUGGUGCUGUCCUGUUAGAACAGCACCAUCUAGUGGCCAAAGCAGGACUUAGCAGCCAUUCCCCCUGGGAUGUCACCUUUUGCAUCCCUUUGCACCACACCACUGCUGACUCCUGGAGUGGGGUGAAGAGAGAAACUUGUCUGAGUCCAGCAACCCUCUAGGCGUGGAUGGGUGUCUUUCAGGGAGCUGCUUUUAUGCACCGACACAAGCACUUUGGCAGUAGGGAUUGAUCUGGGCUCCUCGGGCAUUCUUGACUCCUUGAUCCUCUUCUCUGCUCCCCUCCUUCCCUGGGGAGUCUGCCCUCCCAACCCUGGGUUAGAGCAAAGAGCUGGUGACUCAGAAAGAGGCUAGCAAACUUCUGCUUCCAGCUACCCGGCUGGGCCGAGACCCUCUGCUGUCCCAGGCUUUAAAUAACCAAAUGGGCAGGAAAACGGAUUCAUAGAUUCUAGGACUGGAAGGGACCUCGAGAGGUCAUCGAGUCCAGUCCCCUGCCCGCAUGGCUGGACCAAAUACUGUCUAGACCAUCCCUGAUAGACAUUUAUCUAACCUACUCUUAAAUAUCUCCAGAGAUGUUAUAACUGAGCCCUGAUUCCAAACCCCAUCCAGCAAAUAUGGACAUUCCCCAGCAGAGCCCUAGCCACGGAGCGGAGGGUGAAUCUGCAGCCUACGUGCACUUAAAUGUUCCCAUUAAGCAGGUGAGCAGUUGGGGCUCCCUCCCACCUUGCCCUUGAUUGUAUGCUCCAAAGCAACAUACAAACGGCUCUACUGAGCGAAUCCGUUCUCCAAACCCCGGUGCUAACCUCUCGUGUGUGUAACCGAAUGUGCUAGUGGGUGAGAACCAGAAAGAGAAACUGAUCGAUCUUUUCUCCUUGAAAACGGAUUUUUUUUUUAAAAUGUUUUUUUUUUUUUUAAAUUGAACAACCUGUGGCAUUACGAGUAGCGCAGGAAAGGAAACGUUAACUUCUUAAUUAUGAAUGUUCACCACCCACAGUCCCUUUAAAGUCAGCCAUUUCCUGGCUGCUGGUUUAGUUUUGUGUCCUCAUUACGACUUCCUUUUUUUUUUUUUUUUUUUUUUUUAGUAAGAAUCAAGGCAAAAAGUGGCCAUUUGAAUGGAUGUCCCAUCAGUGGCAUUUACACAUGGGUUGAUGCAGUUCUUUAUUGGGAUGCUAGAGGAGGCAAGGAGGGGGGAUUCUUGCUUGCGAACCCUCCUGCAGGUAGGACAGUAUCGAGCGGAGGCGUAGCAGGGGGACUGCCAGGGCAUUUGUCACCCAUCCAUCCCCUCGCGGAGGCACUGGGCAGCUCGGCCCAGUCUGUCUCGGUUGUAAUGACGAUGUAUUUUUUUUUAAAUGUAGAUUUGUUUUCCUCCUCCUAAGUAUUUCCAAUACAGAUCUGUACAGAGAACAAAACUAAAUCUAUAUUUUCAGUUGCCGCUUUUGUACAUCCAAAACUCCAAAGACCUCCCUGUGUCUAUCUCCUGAGGACUAAAUGAAGGUUGUGUUGUCCCCGCCGCAGCGCCUUGGCGGGGACAGCGCAUUGCCUGUUGCACAAUUUAUUUAUGUAUUUAAAUGUAUACCUUAGUUUGUAGCCUUUACAGCAUCACAGCUGCUGCUUCGAGUGUCCUGCGUAACCAAGGUCUCACUAAACUACCCCAAGUACCUACUGCCGAGUUCGUAUUUUUAUUACUGUAGCAAGAUUGGCACAUGAGUUCGAUGCAUCAAGACGGUCAAAACGGCAUUCAGAAUGGUAUAAUAUGUAGCAAUUUUUUGCACCUUUCUUUCCCCCCCAAGUGUUCCCAUCAAGAACUUUAAAACCAACCAAUUUCCCUGUGGUCUGGGAUAGCUGUGCCCAGAAUCCUGCUGUGACUUCAAUGGUUCUUGUAUCAUAGUUGUAGUGAAUUUCUGAAUGCAAUAAAAGUUGUAAAUCCUGAGGAAUAGUUAAGGUGCAGUUUUACCUUGCAUUCUUCGCCCAGGCUUAGUUGUGCUAAUCAUUUCCCCUCUGUUUUGGAGAGGGACAAGUCCACUGACGCUCUUCAUUUAAAGAGCGGUUGGCUGGAAAAUGAUGUACCAACUACUACAGUCUCCUUCAAAAUACCAGCCCUCAGAACUAGCUUGCUUGGUACUUUUCACCUGAAAAUCUCCCAAGUGACAGACGUAGCUCUCUGUAAAACAAGAAUUCUCCUUCCCCACUUGUGUGAACUGCUUUGAAAUCCUUGGUGGAGAAGUGCUAGGUAGAGGAUUCGCUUUUUGGAAAAAUGGUGCUUUGAGAGAUUACUGGACCCCCCUUUGCAAACCCCUUUCUCUCUGCUCAUCUUCCCAGCACCAAGCUGAAAAGGGACUUAGGACCAGAACAAAUGUACUGUGUACAUUUCAGUGGGAACAUAAUUGUUUGUGGGCUUUUAAAGUUCUGCUGUUGGGGGGAGGGGGGAAUGGACAGACCAGCUCCCAGUAAAGGCAGAUUUCUAUACACAUUUUUAACCUACCCAUCUGUCUUUUGUACUGUCUCCUCCAGGGCCAGUCACAGGCCGAUCAACUCACGUGACAAUACAGUGGCUCCACUGUACCCUUUGAGAGGCAGGUACUUUCAGUGUUACGUACAGGUGGUGGUUGAGGUAGCUAGACGCUGAGGAGACAGACAUUAAGGUAUUACGCCUUUACAGGAAGCGCUGGCUGUUUUCAAGUUUUGUACAUACAAGUUGUUUGUGUAGAGGGUGUGUGGGGGGGGUUGGGGGGUAAAGGAGCAUCUUGGGGUUUUGAUACUGUCUGAAAUCCCUUAGUGUUUUAUAAGCUCUCUCACACGGUAAACAUUAUCUAGACACCUUUAAAAAGCAGCUAGCCACUUUCUCUGGUUUAUUUAUUCUGUCCGUUUAAUAUCCAGCUGUUUAUUAUUUGCAACACUUUGUAUUAUAUGCAAACUACCUUUUAGAUAAUAAAGUUCAAAACAGCC